GAAAGCUACGACCACACUGUCACAUUGUUGGCAAAAGGCGGGCACACAGAAGAGCAGUUAAGCAUAAACAAACCGGCAAUGUCGCUGACUGACAUUUUGGAAUUGAACAAAACGGAGUUGUUCGCGAAGAUUCGCGAUGGAUUGCCCGUGGUGCAGAAGACGCAGAACCUGCUGGACUGUAAGGACGACCUGCUGUUCGCCUGGGAUGCCAAGGAGUGCUGCCUGCUGGUGCGCAACUGGCGCUCCUCGCUGGCGGGCGAGGUGAGCGUCCAGUUCCAGACCCUGAUCCCCUCCAGCACGGUGGGUCUCGAUGUGGACCGCGUGCUGGCAUCAAACGAGUGCUCGCUGGUGGCGCUGAGCGGACCGCGCGGCGUGACCAUCCUGGAGCUGCCCCGCCGCUGGGGACCCGAUGGAUACUACAAGGACGGCAAGGCCAGGAUCACUUGCCGCACCUUCAGCCUGGACACGCAGCUGUUCCUCAACAACCCGCACCUGGAGGUGCGCCAAAUGCGCUGGCAUCCGCACUCCGUGUCGGACUCCACGCUGCUGGUGCUGCUCAACAACAACACCAUCCGGGUGUACAACCACUCCAAGCUGCGCCACGUGUGGCAGGUGGGUCCCUCGCUGCACCGCGGCGAAGGCACUAGCUCGCUCUGCGACUUCGGCGAGGUGGCCGUGGACUUUGACAUCGCCCCCGCUGGAAAAACUCGAGGUGACUCGGAAACUACCGGGAAAAACGAAACCACACUGGAUAAUAGCAACAAAACGCUGAUGGCAGCCAAAUCGCUGCCCAAGCAGGAGAGGAUCGAAUGGCCCGUAGUGGUGUUGCGCGAGAAUGGCAAUAUCUACGUCUUGAUGACCGGCGUGGACUCUGAGAUGACGCGUCUGCAGGGCCCCAUCACCAUAACGCCCCAGACGCGUGACAACUACGGCCUGGAGUCGUGUGCCCUCAUGAUCAUACCUUCGCUGCCGCCAACUAUCGUUAUGGCCGAGUCCAACGGCAAGCUGCACCAUGCCCUGCUCAUGGAGGCGGAGGCCGCCGAGCUCUCCUUCAACGAGGUGGACGACUUUGUGCUCAUCGAGCCCGCCGAAUACGUCGUACACGUUCUUGAAACUGUGGAACUGGAGCUUGGACUGGCUGCUGGAGGAGGAGGAGGAGGAGCGGCAGCAGCCUCCUACAACUGUCCCGUGUACUUGAAACGUGAUCUGAUCAACGAAAUGCGCUACUUUGCCUACCACAAUGCGGGCUUGCACGCCGUCACCGUGAGUUUCAUCUCCGAGCUGCAGCGCUACCUGGACAGCGAGUCCGAGGAUGACAGGCUGGAGCUGGCGGCCUCUUCCCGGGCCGAGUACAUCCUGUGCACCAAAUUCGACUCCAGUGAGUCCGUGAACGCAGUCUUCGGGCUGGCUCUACUGCAAAUUCCUGCCGGAGUGGUCCUGCUCCUGGGCAGCGGCCAGGUGAUCAGUCUCAAGCUGGUCAUCGAUGCCCAACUACUGGUGACACCCAAUGAGAGCAAGCAGGCUGGCUUGGAUGUGUCGCAACAGGAAAGUGGGCCCUCGUUUGUGGACACCAUUAAAUCGCUGCUGCAGCGCAGCGUGAACCAGCCCAUCCUGGCGGAAAAACUCGCCUCGCCCUCCGCUCAGGAGAGCUACGAGCUGCUAAACCAGGCCAUCGAGGUGCUGCGCGAACAGUACCUGAAGCGGCAUGACCUCGUGCGCGCCGCCUUCGCCCGGCACAUCAACCAGAUCCAGCUGAAGCGUGAGCAGCAGAAGCUGGAGAUCCAGGACCUGGAGCAGGAACGCGAACUGAUCAGCGAGCGGGCCCACAAGCUGGCCGAGCGCUUCGAGGAGAUCAGCUACAGCCAGGAGCUGCUCGUGCGCAAGUGCAACGGCCUGAUGCAGAAGGCCAAUGCCGCCCUGCCCAACAAUGUGGUGGCGGAGCGCGAGUUUGCCCAGGAAGUGAGCCGUCUCAACACCGUCACCCAGAGCAUGGCCGCUGGCUUGGAGAGCUGCAAGAAGACGCUGAACAAGCAGCGCUACCACAUUGCCAAGAGCCAGGAGGACCUGAAGAAGAAUGCCUACGAGCUGCCGGAGAAGCAGCACAGCACCAUCACCGAGAUACUGACCCAACUGACCGGCGAGAUCGAUCGCCAGAUCAUCGACGUCAAGCGCAUCAACAAAAUCGUUGGUGUAUAAGCUCGAAUGGGAGUGCGCACUGUUAUGAUUUCGCCACGUUUUUGUUGAUGGUAAAUCCGAAGCGUAGAACUAAAACGUAUUAAUAAUAAACAUGUCGAUUAAGUCC